AUGGUAAAAGAAUAAAAACCAAGUAAAAUAACAAAUAAACAUAGAAAUAUACAGGACUGAAAAUAAAUUUGAUACUUAUAUGACAAAGGAUGCAUUUUGUAAAUUUAUUUCAGAUGAGUUAAUUGCCAAAGAUGGAUUGAAAGAAAACUUUUAAUUUCAGAAUUACAAAGUAAUUUUUGGUUUGUUUAUGAUUGUAAAUGUAAUCUAUUCACAUUAUCACUACAUCCCAUAUCCUCAAGAUUACUAUAUAUUGAUAGCUUGCAUCAUAUUGUAAAUUUGAUUAUACACGUGUAUUAGUUAUUAUGUAUCUACAUACAUCUAUUAAUGGUUUGAGAAAGUCAAAGAAGGAGAUAUUUUUAUACUCUAUGAUGUAAUAAUAUUAAAUAAUUGUCAGGACAAGAAAACCAGAAAGACUUUUGGAUUUGGAGCAUCAUAAGAAUUAUAUUAGAGAUUUGUUGUUUUAAGAAUUUAUAGUAUGCCACAUAAAGCCUUAGUAAAUAGAUAAUAGAUUAAUAAUUCUAGUUAGUUGAGCGUAAAAUUGACAGUGCUGAAUAUCUUGAUGUGAAAGGUUAUAUUGUCCAACCAAAGAUGAGAAGUCUUAUAAAUGAGUUGUUACAAGAGGCAAAUAAGAAAUGAUCAUUUGUUAUUGUUAUCAUUAUAAGAAAAUGUGUAUAAAUAAG